AAUUGACGAAUGUUGUUUACAUUUCCUGUGUAUUCAAUGGCGGAUGUGCGUGAAUUUCAACGAGGCAAGUUGCUACAUAUUGAAUAGGAAUCCAACAGUUUAACGGCAUGCCUGAACAGAGACGACAUGUUCUGCAUCCAUGGACGUACAGAAAGUCACGCAUUGAACUUCUGAUGACUGGAGAUCUAACAGCCAUGCAUGUUGAAAGGGUGUUUGUGAUCUGUCUACAUUUCUUCUUGGCUGUAUAUGGUGUCAGGACUUUAAACAGAUGUAUAGAGGAUUUGACGAAAGUCUUUACAGUACAGCUUCAGUGUCCUGCCGGUGAAUGGAUACAUGUCGUGCACGAGGUGUAUGGGGAUGGAGAUGCAGCGACAUGUCUUCUGAAAUCUGCUCAGUCGUGUAGUAAGCUCCUCAGCAGCAGCCAGUCUGGCCUGGUUGUCAGUUGUAAUGGGAAACAUUCAUGUUAUGAAGCCAUGCAGGUACAGACCAUCAACAACUGCAAUAUUACCGAUGCUGCAGCUGAAGUAAAGUACAGCUGCAUCAAAGGUAGUAUGAACAUGUGUAGUCCAGUCACAACAACAGUAAACGGGUCGGUGUACCUCCAUUCUCCCGGCUUCCUGACAGUGUCGGUGUGA